CAGUUCAUUACACGGACAACAUCCGUCCCGCUGGUAUGUGGUCGCUGUGUGUUGUGUUUUGAAUAGAAAGCCACCUAUCAGCUGAUUCAAAACGGGAUGGAAGAGGAGGCAGAAACCGGUGUUCCUUCACGGAUCGAGAGGAAGGCUUUGCAAAAGGCCAAAAUACUUCAAAGAGAAAACGAAAGGAACAUUUUCAGAGUGGUGGGACAAGUCCUGAAGAAACCUGAGGGUGAGCGGUCAGAGGAGGAGGCUGCUGUGUUACUGCUGCAUAGAGAAACUGUGGAGGAGCUUUGCAAGAGACAAGUUCGCAGAAAUGUGCUCAAGAGGAAGCAGGAGGAGAUGUUUGAUGAGGCUGAUGAGCUGAGGAGUAAAGUCAGGCAGCUCGCUGCGGCAGUGAAGCAAGCAAAGCACCUGGUGGUAUACACUGGAGCCGGCAUCAGUACGGCAGCUUCUAUCCCUGACUACAGGGGGCCUAAUGGAGUGUGGACGCUGCUUCAGAAGGGAAGGUCAAUCAGUUCGUCUGACCUGAGUAAAGCUGAGCCGACCCUCACGCACAUGUGCGUUAGGAUGCUACAUAAGGAAAAGCUGGUACAGCAUGUCGUUUCUCAAAACUGUGACGGGCUUCACUUGCGUAGCGGGCUACCCAGACAUGCCCUGUCUGAGCUUCAUGGAAACAUGUUUAUUGAGGUGUGUACAUCCUGUAGCCCGGUCAGGGAGUACGUGCGUUUAUUUGACGUGACGGAGCGAACGUCGCUGCACCGCCACGGGACAGGCCGCAGGUGCAGCCACUGUGGAAGUGAACUCAGGGACACCAUUGUGCACUUUGGGGAGCGAGGAACCCUGGAGCAGCCUCUUAACUGGAAAGGAGCGGCAGAGGCUGCAGAGACGGCCGAUGUUAUCCUCUGCUUAGGCUCCAGCCUAAAGGUGCUGAGGAAAUACGCUUGUCUGUGGGGCAUGAACAAACCAGCAAGCAGAAGACCCAAACUAUACAUCGUCAACCUCCAGUGGACACCAAAAGAUGAUUUGGCUGCACUGAAAAUGAAUGGCAAGUGUGAUGACGUCAUGAGGCUCCUGAUGGAGGAGCUUAACAUCCUGGUUCCUGCUUACGACAGGGCGAAGGAUCCUGUCUUCAGUCUAGCCGUAACUCUGCGGCAGGAAGAGGUGGACAGCCAUACUCGUGAGGUUAUCGCUCCCCUUGAUGUGCGGCAGGAAUGCGUACCUGACUCUGGAGAGCAGGCAGAAGAAGCCACAGCUGUGCAGGGCGGCUGGUUUGGUCGAGGCUAUGGCAAAGGAAGGAAGAAGAAGAAAAAAGCUGUAUGAUCAGACAGACUUUAAAGAAGCAUACGAUGUAGUCUAGUAUGGCAAGUGAUCAUUGAAUCUAAAGAGGGAUUAUAAUUCAGUCCCAUACUAAGGAGGAAUUGGUCUUUAGGGUGCUAUUCUGUCUUUUUGGCUGGGUUCUAGCCACAUGCGGUGUGUGUUUGAAGGGAAACUUAAGCUAAGUGUUUGCCAUUCGAAUAUGGCACCAUAUAUUUAUUAUUUUAUACCGAGUGUAAAAGCAACAUAAUGCAGAUUCCGUAUUAUGACCAUUGGGAGUGCAAUGCAACAAGUGUGACUGUCACAAUGGAUACCAGUUGUAAGGUUUUUUAAAGAAAAUAUAUCAAAGGGUCCAAAGAGAGCAAUGCUGCGGCAUUAUCAUUUUUUAAUAAUGUCCCUGUGAAUGAGUAUGUCACAAACACUUUAAGGACAUAAUGUUUUUACAGCCUACUUGAAGUCAACCGCUGGCGAAUGAUCCUCAUAACAUCAUGUUUUUUAUGCAGUAACAUUCAGCAACCUUACUGUAAUAUAUGUUUACCAAUUUGUUUAGUAUGAGCAUAAGCCAAACGUAAAUCAUGAGUAAUGGUACCUUUCAGUGUUUAUAAGUGGCAAAUAGAACAUCGGUAUCGUACAUACUGUAUGGCUGAGUUUUGAUUGUGGUGAUGCUACAACUUUUACUGAGAAGAGAUUUACAAAGUUUUCUACAUGUAUGACUUGGAGUUAAAUAUAUUUUCUAGUAUUUUCAGAUGUUUGAAAUGUGCAUUGUCGAACUUACCUUUUUGAAUGAGUUUUUUUUUUUUUACUGUUGAUCUUUUUUUUAAGGUAUUUUAACAGUCAACUCUCAUUCUGCUGUUAUUCAUCCUCAGGUUAGUAGGCUACAUAGUACAGCUACUACUGCACCUUGUACAAGAUGUAGAAUUUGCCUAUGUUUACAUUUUUGUCCAAACUUUUAUGCAGACACUCACAGAAAUGUUAGAAGGAACGCGUAUUGUUAAAUGUAUACUUAAACUAUAAUUACCUGUUCACUUUUAUCAUGUCCAUUUUUUGUUUACUUGAGUAAUUGAAAACAGCCAAAUAUGUAUCUCUAUUGAUUUGUCUCAGGGAGAUCCAGUGUUUAUUGUGUCAUCCUGAGUUUAGUUUCAGAGGUUAUUAAAGGCCUGACUAAACACAAUUGAUAAUGACAUUAAUAAUUAAUAUCUUAUAAUAAACUACACUUGGUCUUUAGAUCUGACUUAGCAGUACUGUAGCAUAACCUGUUACCUGUAUUAUCUCUGCUUUUUGUGAUGAUUUGGCCUGUAAUUGUUUUUGUUUUUUAAUUAUCUUUUGUUUAACUUAUUUAAUAAAACAUUUUCUGUUUUAUCUCUUAAAUGGAAGAGACUUAACUUA